AUGAAGUUGACAAAUUAUCUCUUCACUACCGGUAAAUGCUUGGCAUACCUUUUUCCACUUGCCAGAGCGGCGAAUGUUUCAAGCUCUCAUGAUAGUGCCGCGCAAGAUGCCACAGCAUUUGCAAUCCAGUAUGCAUAUCCGAUAUCUCAAUGGCAACAAGCUGUGACGAACAUCUUAGAUGCCGUCAAUGAACCGAAUACUCUAUGGCCAUACCGUACACUUUCCGGUCCCCUAAAUCGCACUAUAGUUGGCCCAAAUGCAGACACGUUGUACAUUUGGGUGGCUGUCGACUUAUCGCAGGAGGACCUCGUUUUGACCAUUCCCAAUAUCAGUGAUGGAAGAAACUGGAUAUGGCCUUGCUACGAUGUUUAUGGCAACAAUUUUGCCGGAAUGUCAAUCAAUGACGACUCACCGCCGGGCGACUAUUUGAUCAGACGUGCAGACGAUGCUCUCGUUCAACCAGGCAUUGAAUACACUACUCCGGCUGAAUCAUCCCGUUACAAAGGUGUGGUUUCUUAUGCCACAACCUACGGUAUCAUGCUCGGUCGUAUCCUCGUACGCCAAAAUACCACGGAGGAUAUUGCGACUAUACGAAACUACCAAGAUCAAAUUUUCCUCAAAAAGAUUCCUCGUACACAAUCUCAGCCUUUCGCAGCACAAGCACCGAGACUGUCACGUGAGCUCAUCAACACUUCAAAUGCCACUGACAGGGUGACGGGCUAUCUAGACCUACUGGCCAAGAUUGGACAGUUCAACCAACCCGACGUGAUCUCAGACCGGUACCGAGUAGCAUCCAAACUUGGUCUUGCUGGUAUUGCAGACGGAAUCUACUCCCCACCUAGCGGAAUAAACCUAACCGCUGCUACCAUUGCAGCGAACGCAAGCAUCUCUGCGGCUUACUCCCAAAACUUGAUUGAUGUCGGCAACAACUGGGUCAUCCCCAAAAUGAAGUGUCAAGGCAUCUUCGGUCUCGAAUACGGCUGUCGUGCUUACCGCGCACUCCGCGGUUAUCUAGGCCUGGUACAAUCCGAAAAUCUCUUCAUCACGAACAAAUCGGACAACUUGACUUUGAACGCGACGUCGGCCUUUCUCUUCACCUUCUCUGGCAGGCCUCCGAUCAAGUCGACCGGGUUUUGGAGUUUGACCGUGUAUGGGGCGGACCAAUAUCUAGUGCCCAACGAGCUGGGUAGGUACGUCAUCGGGGACCGAAGCAAGCAGUUGAAGUUUGAGAAUGGAGGCUUGGUGAAUGGUGAAGAUGGUGCAAAUCCUGGGAACGAAACUGUGGAUGGGAGAUUUCAGGUCCUAUUGCAACCGGCUGAUAUUCCCCCACCGGAUAACUGGACUAGCAACUGGCUUCCGGCCCCAGCAGGAGGUGGUAAGCUUCUGUACUCGAUACGGUUUUACUCGCCAGCGGAGGCCUUCACAAAUGGGGAGUACGUAUUUCCAACUGUCGAAACUAUUAAUGCAAUCAAGGCUUGA